UCAUUAGUGCGUUAUCAUUGCGAAGCUUAUAUUCAUUAUGAUGUUGCUCGUAAUUUUGGUGUUGUUUGGAAUUUCCGAACGCUACUACUGCGCACCAUUUUAUAUCGAUCCUGAUACCAUUAUUAAGCCGGAGCAUGUCCAACGGGACGAUUUAGAGCGAGGUGACGAAGUUACAGCUCCAGUAGAUCCCAGGCCACCACCAGAAAUUUCGAAUCAGGAAGCACAGGAAGUCCUUAAUGAGCUCGGAUUUCUGGAUGGGAUGAACUCUUCUUACGACGUUCUAACUAGAUUGGAUCAUACUAAGGACGAUGCGGUGGCUACUGCACUGAGAAAGUUUCAGCGGCGUUAUCAGCUGCCUGAAUCCGGACUACUCGAUGACGACACCAAGCGUCUCCUUGCCGCUCCGCGUUGUGGCCUCGCUGAGUUGAACAUAGUGCAAGAUAGGUGGACGAAACAGUUGCUAACGUACAGGAUCAGAAGCUUUCCUAAGAGCCUUGAACCAGCAAUGGCACGGCAGCUGAUCAGAUCAGCGUUCGAACAGUGGAACCAGCAGGUACUUAGCAACACCUCCAACGAGCCAUAA